AAUGUGGCAACGCUGCUAGCCGGUGUUUACUGUUGUUUACUCAGGAAGAUGGCACAGUGGAACACUGCUAGUGUCGCUUACAGGGAAGUGAUCAUCCUUUCAUUUUGUUCAGUGGGAUCGUUUGCCACGUACCCAAAGUUCUCGUGAAGGAUACUGGAUUUUUUUUUCUUUUUGUUAUUCAGGAAACCAUGAAAGGCCUCGAAAACACUCAAAUGGAGGAACUGUUGAAGGAGAGCAGUGUGAACAAACAGUCUGGUUUGAGUGGUGUGGGUCUGGCAUUGGUUGGUGUGACAGGAGGGGCAGCUGUUGCCCUAAGCAUCAUUGCAGCACCCUUUGUCACCCCUGCCCUCAGGAAGGUGUGCUUACCUUUUGUCCCAGCCACAAGUCAACAAGUGAGGAAUGUGCUGAUAGGUCUCAAAGGACGCUCCGGUCGAUUGGUGGAUCUCGGCAGUGGGGAUGGCAGAAUUGUUGUGGCAGCUGCUUGUCAGGCUCAGCUGAAGGCUGUUGGGGUGGAGCUGAAUCCAUGGCUUGUGUGGUAUUCACGAUGGGCUGCUUGGCGGGCAGGAGUGGCUGCCUCCACCUCCUUUGUCACCCGAGACUUGUGGCGGCUUGACCUGAGGGACUACCAGAAUAUUGUCAUCUUUGGAGUGGAGGAGAUGAUGCUAGACCUUGAGUCAAAACUGUCACAAGAAUUAACACAAGACAGUUUAGUCAUUGCCUGCCGUUUCCCACUCCCAUCUUGGAAACCUGCUGCCACUAUAGGACAUGGCUUAGACUCAGUGUGGCUCUAUUAUAGACCACCUGAGGCCACACAGCAAACUAAGGAAGCUCCAGAACUCCUUAAAUCAUAUUCUUAUAAGGCAAGGUAGCAUUAGUUUUUGCUGCCCUCCACUCGCCUCACUUUAGGUGCUUGAAUGGUACUGUUGGUAAGGAACUCAACAGUGUAAAGAUUGAUGACUUGUGUGUAAGUGGAGUGGAAAGGUUGAUCACAGUACAGUAUUACAUCUUUCAGGUGACAUGAUUUUGUAGGAGUUAGUGCCUUUGCCUUAGUCAGAAUUCUUAGCUAGGUGGAGACAGUUUUGGUCAUGUUUCCUUUUAUGCUAUUAGCUCCUUGCCAGUACAUUCUAAGCCAGUGUAAUGGGAUAUCUGGCCUCUCCUGUAGUUGACUUAUCUUUACUGAUGCUGAUGAAGUUCAUCUUAUCAGCCUUGUCUUCAUUAUAGGUGGAUAUAGAAUGCAAAUUUAAGCAACAUCCUGACACGGGCAAAUGGUAACUGUUUUGCCACAACCACUCUCUUGAGGGCAUUCUAAGGAACAGACAUUAAAAGUGAAUAGGUAGUUACACUUGCAUGAAUUUUUUUUCUUUACAGUUAUGACCUUGAAUGCAGAUUGUGACUGACUGGGAAAAUACAGACUUGUCAGAAAUAUCCUUAGUCUCCCAUCAUGCUAGCAUUCCACAACCACCAAGUGUAUCUUAUCCACCUGCCUGUCUGGAGAUGGAGUGUCCUCUAUAUUUUUUCAGGUAACAAUGCUAAUAAGGCAGUGUUGAGGGACUGUACAGGAAGUUGUAAGUGGUGUAUUUUUUAUGGGUGGACAAUACAUAGGAUAGUUUUAAUUACCAUCUCAAUCACCAUUAGAAGUGAUUGUAUAGGAGGAAACUGCAUUAUGGCCUGGAAAAAAUUAUAAUCAUUGUGCAUGCUCUCUCUUUUAGCCAGUGACAUUUAAUUUCUAGCUGUUGCAUCCAGGGUCAUCAGUGUGUAGAAAGGAAAAGAAUGGCAACAGGGAAUCAGUUGGAGAUGGCAAUUUUUAUUGCAUUUAGUAUUACUGAAUACAGCAGGAGAUGAGUGUCCUAUAGUGUGCUAGUGAAAGCAGUUUUAACUACUGUAUAUAAUUUUUGGGUUUCACAAAACUGUGCUUGUCUAUCAAAUUAUAAGCAUUUUAUCAAUAGAAAAUAUAUUACACAAA